AUGGCCGUCUCUGUGGCGCGCGCUGACUGCGACGCCGAUGUCAUCACCGCCAACGCCGUCACGUUGACUCAAGCGUGCACUGACGACCUGGAAGGUGGCACUCCGCCGACGCUCGAAACUGUCUUUGCCGAUUACCGAACCAACGCCAACACCAUCUACACGUACGGGUUGUGCGGGUCGACGACGUGCAAUGCAGAAAUCGCUGCAUCGACGUACCCGACGUGCACUCCCACGACGCCGACGAGUUACACAGCGGAGAUCGCGGGCACAACCACCACCACUGCUGCCCCAGGUAGCACAACCACCACCACUGCCGCCCCAGGUAGCACAACCACCACUGCUGCCCCCAAUGUCACCACGACUGUGGCUCCAGCCAACACCACCACUACUGUAGCCGUCACCACGACCACUGUAGCGGUCACCACGACCACGGUCGCCCCCACUCCCACGCCGACCCCUACGCCUACACCCACUCCCACCGCAUCGUCGGCGUCCACCCUCGGCAGCGCCGUCGCUGUCAUGGUCACGGUUGUGGCGGCUGCCACGACCCUCUAGAUUCUCUAUUGCACAUUUCAAUACACUCGAUCUUUUCUCCACA